CGGUUUGCAUCGUAAUCUCAACAGGCGGUACGUUCUUGUAUUAGAGUAAAAGACGAGCAUACACAAACAGCAUCAGCGAUCAAUGCAUUUUUAAUUUUCUUUUUACAGUUUGUACCGUUUGAAAAUAAUAAAAUCAGAUACAAAAAUGCUGAAAACUUGCGGUAAGAGGUUUUUGCUCUCCAUCGUUGGAGCUACCUUCACCUGCCUGGCUGUUCUGUUAGUGGCUCAGCUGCAGCAGCGAAGCCAGGUAGAGGCCGUCCCAAACGGGAGAGAGGUGGGGAUGCGCUCGCUGCAGAGCUUGGAGGACCUAGCCGAGAGUCACAACACACAGGAGCCACAACGGAGCCAGCUCGACCUUCAGCAGCAGGCUUCCAACCCGGAGCAAGGGAAAGGCUUCUCGGCUUAUUUCACCAAACUGACCCGGGACAGGAGGGAAGCAGAGAAGACAGAAAGCAACCCUCAGUCUGCGACCGAGAAACCGCCUAUGGAAGACAUCACACCGAAUGAUGUUUUCAUCGCAGUCAAGACCACGAAGAAGUUUCACCAAGCCCGACUGGCGCUGCUUUUAGAUACCUGGAUCUCAAGAAACGUGCAACAGACUUACAUCUUCACAGAUGGAGAGGACGAGGAGCUAAAGAAAAGAAUAGGAAGCCAUGCCAUUAACACAAACUGCUCAGCAGCACACAGCCGACAAGCUCUGUCCUGCAAGAUGGCAGUGGAGUAUGACAAGUAUAUUGAAUCUGGGAAAAAAUGGUUCUGCCAUGUGGAUGAUGACAACUACGUGAACAUGCAGACUCUGGUGAAACUGCUCUCCAACUACCCCCACACUCAGGAUAUCUACAUUGGGAAGCCGAGCCUGGACCGGCCCAUCGAAGCCACGGAGAGACUCGUUGACAUACCCCAAGAGAUUUGCAGCUCUCAUGAAGUCCUCAUCGUAGCACACCUAUGUUUAACCAUUGCACUGGAUGCCAGGAGACAGCAGCAUGUGUCCUUUCUGAGGCGGAGUGCGCCAGCAGAGCUCCUUUUCUACCUCCUGUCCACAUUCUUGGCUCAGCUGCAGCAGCGAAGCCAGGUAGAGGCCGUCCCAAACGGGAGAGAGGUGGGGAUGCGCUCGCUGCAGAGCUUGGAGGACCUAGCCGAGAGUCACAACACACAGGAGCCACAACGGAGCCAGCUCGACCUUCAGCAGCAGGCUUCCAACCCGGAGCAAGGGAAAGGCUUCUCGGCUUAUUUCACCAAACUGACCCGGGACAGGAGGGAAGCAGAGAAGACAGAAAGCAACCCUCAGUCUGCGACCGAGAAACCGCCUUACCUUCUGUUCUUGCAGACUUACAUCUUCACAGAUGGAGAGGACGAGGAGCUAAAGAAAAGAAUAGGAAGCCAUGCCAUUAACACAAACUGCUCAGCAGCACACAGCCGACAAGCUCUGUCCUGCAAGAUGGCAGUGGAGUAUGACAAGUAUAUUGAAUCUGGGAAAAAAUGGUUCUGCCAUGUGGAUGAUGACAACUACGUGAACAUGCAGACUCUGGUGAAACUGCUCUCCAACUACCCCCACACUCAGGAUAUCUACAUUGGGAAGCCGAGCCUGGACCGGCCCAUCGAAGCCACGGAGAGACUCGGAGACAACUUAAUGCGGCCAGUAAACUUUUGGUUUGCUACUGGAGGUGCUGGGUUCUGUAUCAGCCGUGGUCUGGCAUUGAAGAUGAGCCCAUGGGCAAGCGGAGGACACUUCAUGAACACAGCAGAGAAAAUCCGUCUCCCUGACGACUGCACGAUCGGCUACAUCAUCGAGUCUGUGCUGGGAGUCAAACUGAUCCGCAGCAACCAGUUCCACUCCCACCUGGAGAACCUGCAGCAGGUGCCCAAGUCUGAACUCCACAAGCAGGUGACAUUGAGCUAUGGAAUGUUUGAAAACAAGAGGAAUGCCAUUAACAUGAAGGGGGCUUUCCCUGUGGAGGAGGACCCAUCCAGGUUCAAGUCUGUACACUGUUUGCUGUACCCAGACACCCCCUGGUGCCCCUCUUAUGUUGUCUAAUAAUGACAAGCCACCCUCUUGUUAUCCUCGUCCCGUGCCACCCUGGUAUCUGAAGGGCCCGUGGGACCAGUGUCGUAUUCAGCUGUGCAGCUACUGUGUUUUUGCUGCAGUACUGCACAGCGUUUUGUUAGUUAUAUAUUGAGCUGCUGUGCGGCUUGCUGUUCUGUUACAGACUUUUCCUUCAGUGCUGUUACUAUCACCCCUGCUCGUCUAACCCUGUCAGUUCAGUAUGUCACAGAGCAAUGCUUCAGGGUUGGAGGAGGGAGCCAAGAAAUUAAAAAAAAAAAAAAAAA